UUUAAUGAAAAUAUCUCGCUUUAAGCCUUUUAAGUCGGGAAUUAAUCUCAGUGGUUUGAUGAAAUGGCUCGGCUGAAGGCAAGACCACACCAGCGAGCAUCCAAGCGGAAGUCUCAAGAUCGUUUGCUUCGUGAAAGCUCGCGGCCUUCUUCCAGCAAGCGCUUGAGAUUACAAAGUCCAGUGGAGAAACGACCACUUCCUUCAAAGAAAGGGAAAAAUAAAAAAGGUAUGGUAUAGGAUUUUUUAACUACAACGCGAAAGUCAAAAGUACGACGACUGUCUUUGUCGGAAUCCCUCAAUUUGUUCGGAAUUAUGGAAUAUUCUCGAGCUAAUGGCGGACGAAUUCUCGGAUCAUGUUUCGACAACUGAGCCACAAAUAUUUUAUGAAAUGCAAAGCUAGUGUUACUACUCUAUGUUAAGCUAUUAAUUUGAGUUUUUGCAUAGAUAUUUUCAAAUUCAGGUAUGCCAUAAUGAAAGUAGAAGCAAAUCAGAACGAAAUUAAGUGAAAUUUGAGCACCUUCAUUCGAUAUUCAAAGCACAGGACACCCAGACUCGGUGCUAAUACCACAGCACUCGCGAAUGCUUAAAAAUUAGUGUGUUUGUAUGGGGUAAAAUUCAAUCUAAAAUUUGUAUGAAAUACUGGAGGAAGGAAUACUGAAAGAAGUGUUUGAAACACUGAAGGAAGAGACGAAAAACGCUGUUGGGAAGAAAAACUAACUUUAUGUACGAAACCCAUGGUGCAGAGGUAUAAUAGGUUUGCCAGGGACUAAAUACCAUGUGGUACGGUUACUUAAUGGAGUUCUUACAUGUACAUUUGUGUUUAACACAGUCAAACCUCUCUUCAAUGGCUUUUUCCUCUUUGUGACCUCUCACAUGAAAACGUUCCUUAAGAAUGAACGCACCACAAGCACACGGUCGAGAAAUGGAUAGCCAAGCCAUUUGAAAUGGAAUGGCUUAACGGAUGAAGAAAAUUUUUGCACGGAUGCAGUCAAAUGGGUGGGCAGAUGAAGAAAAUUUUUGCACGGAUACACGUAUGCAGAAAAUUUUUGCAUGGAUGCAGUCAAACGGAUACAUGUCUAAUGAAAAUUUUUGAACGGAUAUUGUGGUUGAACGAAUGAACUGCUAACAAAAAUUUUUGAACGGAUAAGGUCGAACAGAUAAACAACUGAAGAAAGUAUUUUUUAAAGGAUGAACAACUGAAGAAAAUAAUAUUAUUUUUGAAUGGAUGCGGUUGAUCGGUCAGACGACCAAAGAAAAUUAUAAUGUUAUCUUAAUCACCAUUCUGAAACAAGUGCCUUUGCGGCUUUAUAAAUUAAGAGUAAAUGAUGCGAUUUCGCUGCGGAGAAACAUAAAUCAUAACGUCUGCACGUGUCCCCUGCUGUUUUGUGUUAAAAAAAGCAACAUUUUGCCAUGCAACCAUUUCUACAAUGUGUAAUACAACAGACAUGUAAUGACAAAUAAUAAUGACUCUGUGUAAAUAGUACUGCGAAAUAAACGUUGUUUUUGUGAUGAAAGUUCCAUACACAAAGCAUAUCUCCACUUCAACUUUCUCUUUGUCCCAGUUGACAGUCACCACCAUUCCUACAGUUUAAUCUAGUUAUUAUUCGUUGAUUAUUCAUGUUGGUGUGAUUCCGGUCUAUUGCUUUUGUGGAAAGUAACACAACGCAUUCGAUGGAUGCUUGCUAGUCUGUUUGCACAACAAUCUGAUUGACAUGAUUAAUCGUAAAAGAUGACAAGAUAGCAACUAAUAUAGAUGUACCGUAAGCGAUAGCAAUACUGAAAUGAAUUGGCUUCUGACAUUUAUCAAUUUAUAUGGUUUAAUAACACAGAGUGUAUUGCAAUUCAACAGUUUUAAUCGGACAAAUGGAGAGUAUUUGCUUUCUAACUUAACUCACAUGAGUUUGCGUUUGCAUUUUUAAUGAUCAGAUGAACAGGAAAAGUUCACUGACAUCGUUUGAUAUUUGCAUACGAAAAGGUCAAACCAUGAGUCGUUCGAACUUGUUAUUUAAACUUAGUCUUGAAUAAAAUGUGUAACGAUAAACGAAUGUUAUAAAAGCCAAGAUCGUUAUUCAGCAGAACACGAACCAUGACAAUUCAUUAGGGUGGUUAACACAACGUUUGUAUCAAAUUAUUUACAUUUUUGACAGGUUUGUCAUGUGACUCCUGCCCGAGCAACCAAGUCGUGAACAGCUCAAGUGAAAUCGAAUCCGCGGCUGACAAUAAUUACUGUUUUGAACAGAUAGCUUGAGCUGUUUGAACGGAUGACAAUUUUUUUGAAUGGAUGACACCUUUUUUCUCACGGAUAGCCCAAGCCGUUCGAAUGGAUGCAAAUUUUUUUCGCGCGGAUAGCCCGAGCUGUGCGAACGGAUGCAAAUUUUUUUUGCAUGGAUAGCCUGAGGCGUUUGAAUGGAUGCAAAUUUUUUUUGCAGGGAUAGCCUGAGCUGUUCGAACAGAUGCCCAAUUCAUUCAAACAGCUAAUGCACGGCAUGCACAUGACUAUCCGUGCGAAAACGGCAAACCAUAAGGAACAUUUUUGUGUGAGAGGUCACAUUUAUAUUCCUGACUAAGACACGGGAAUGGGUGUGCAGAUAGAACUGUGGAGCAGCUGAUAGUUCGAGAGUUGAGAUGAAUACAUUACAACUGUCAAAACCUUAUAUACCUAACAACAAUAGGGUCAAUUAACGCCAUAGCGGCUCAUGUGCAUUCAUACCAAUAGGAAAGUAUUUACAUUCUCUGUCACUGCCACUACGUAUGUAAAUACAUUUUUUUUCCUCCUGGUGGACAAAAAAUCUUUACCUUGACUCAUUUAAAACCUGUCUACAACGGCCACUUUCUUCUGCCCCCAAGGCAGCCAUUGCUGUGAGGUUCAACUGUAUUACAGAGUCGCAACAGGGAAUUGUGUGAUGAGUAUUACAUGCAGUUUUGAGUGGUCCAUCAUUAGAAUUGGUUAUCUUAGGACAAAUACUUAAUUUGCAAAGUACAUUGUAUGUAUAAGUGACAAAGUUUUUAACAAAUUCAUUCCUUCCAGCAUUUGAAAUGUCCAACUCCCUAUGGCCACUCCCUUUGAGUGAAUAAACCUUUUUUGUUACCCCUUUUCCCACUAGAAUUACCUCUGAAAUACCCAGGUCCACUCAAAUCUCUCCAUUAUCUCUCCAUAGAGACUGGUAAAAUGAAUAUCAUUUUCUUGAAUGGAUAAAGUGUCUGUUACAAUAUGCAAAAGACUGCAUACAAACCAUAUUUUGAAAUUUGUCACAGAGUAUUCAAAGAGUAAAGGCAAUAAAAUAGAAGGAAGGAAAAAGCCUUGUUCCUGGCUUAGCAAGGGUAGUUGACAUAGUCAUGCCCAUAAUAAUUUUUAUUAUGGAUUGUUUCAAUGUCUUGACAUAGAAAGGAGACAAUAAUUUAUUAUUAUGCACUUAUUAAUAGCAACACUGUCUAACUCAUUCCCAUCUCUAACUCUUGGCCUGUACACUGUAACAGUGAUAUCAUUAUUUUUAAUAAUUCAAACUUACAUGUACAUGUAUCUGGAGGACAGGGGGAGGGGAGGGGUCAGUGAAAUAUGUACAGUCGCCUCCCGAUAACUCGAACCUUCAAGGGAAAUCGAAAAAAGGUUUAAGUUAUCGGGAGUUCGAGUUACGGGAGUUCAAAGAAAAUAGCCGAGAGUAAGGUAGAAAACAGUUUUUACUGCACAGUGAACUUUUUAGUCACAUUAAAUUGUAGAAAUGUCUAGUGAAAAUUAAAAGAUACUUCUAGAUUUUAAAUCAGAACGUAACGUAACAAAACAUAGCCUAAAUAGAGCAUGCGUUUUACUGUUUUGGGAAGAAAAGCUGCUUCACGUUAGCCCGUGACGAUGAACAUCAGCCUCCAGUAGUAAACUAUACUCCUACAACACGUCAAUACGAAAUCCAAAAUUCAAUGCUUCAGACGCCAGUAGACGGCUUUUUUCCCGACUUUUUAAGGACUGAAAACAUGGUUUGAGUUAUCGAGGGUAAAAUUAUAUAGAAAAUGACCUGAGGGGAAACGAAGAUUGGUUCGAGUUAGCGGGAGUUCAAGUUAUCAAGGGUUCGAGUUACCGAGGGUAAAGUUACAGUGAAUGUAUGACGGAAAUCCAGGGGAAAUCGAUUUAAUGGUUCGAGUUAACGCAAGGUUCGAGUUAGCGAGGGUUCGAGUUAUCGAGAGUCGACUGAACUACAUGUCUAGGGUAAGAUUAUAAUCCACUGGCUUUCCUUACCAGGUGUGGGUGUGCUGGAUGAUAAAUUUAACGUUAUUGCAAUUACCUUGCAAUUUUUUUCAUUUAAAAUGUUGAUACAGCUGUUCAUGCAUGUAGAUAGAGAUCUGCUGCUGAAAUUUUGCAAACAUCAUGGAAUACUAUUGUCCCAUGACAAAAUAAUCGUUAUGCUUACAUGUAUACUGUACAUUAUUUUUGUAACAAACCAUCUGCUUUGUAUGACAAACCGGACACCACACUUUUUACUUGAAAAGCCUCCUAUACAGCCCUGCCACAUAAUGGGGUUUUACAUGGACACAUAGGAAUUGCCUUGCAAAACAAUGAACCAAUGAGUUGUACAUGUACAGCUGUAAUUAUUGUUGUGUCAAAUUACGGGUAAUGCGUACUGGAUACAAAGUGCAGUAUACAUGCAAGAACAAAACUAAGAGAAUGAUUAAUUACCCACCCCACAGGUUCUGUAAAAAAAUGUUAUAUGAGGAACAUUGGCAAAGCCAAAAACUUUGCAGAAACAGCCAUUUUCAAGGUUAUCAAUACAUGUGAAAUCUUGAUUCCAAUGGUCUCCUUCAGAGCAUUAUCCCCCAGUGUAACGUCAAUGUAACGAAGGACCAAUGAAAGGACUGGAAAAAUUUGUUCAUUAUAAUGAGGUUUCGUUAUCAGGGUUCUAUAUCAGAUAUUUUGAUAUUAAACUUUGACAAGCAAUCGGACGAAUUCGUCUGAACAGAAAGGGUCUGCAGAAAAAUUGGCCAGCGUGCUCUUGCUCGAGUCUUGGGUGACCUGUGGUGACUCCCUUUAGAAAGGGAACAAAAUGGACGACAAUUUGAUGUCUGUUUCAUCAAUUUUGGUCAAUUUUUCGAUAUUUUAUCAAUCUCAACAGCAAAUGAAGUUUAAAAAUGGCAAUAGAAGAGUAAGAUCGAGUAUUGCAUCAUAGUUUGAUGCAAAUAUAUACUCACAUUUAAAAAACAUCACCAUCCCCGAGAAAAAUCCCCAAAAAUGUAACUACAAGGCUGAACAUUCGCGCAGUUGUACUUUAAAGUGUGUGAUGCUGUCAACAAAAAGAGCUGGUUUCAUAAGCUUGAAAGGUAACUUGAAGCGAAAAUUGUCAUUUUAGUGCCAUUUUGUGUCGACUUGUCAAAGGUUUUAGCCAUCAUUUGGUAGUUCUCACGCUACUGUUAUGCUUGCGUGGUGUCAAAACCUUGUUUGACAUUAGAUCAAUAUUUUAUACUGGCUUUUAUAUAUAUUACUUCUGUUUGGAGUAGAUAUGCAGUGAAAAACUUGAUAUUUGGCAAUUUUGAGACACACUUUUGUCAACUCAUAAUUUUUAAAAAAUUCUCAAACUUAGGAUACUUGGUUUUUGGGUACUAAAUGCAUGUUAGCUUCAAGGAAAAUAUUUCCCAAAACAGCCUAGGUCAAUUUUUACAUGAUACUAUUAAAAUCGAUGCCAUACAAUAAUUUUCUGUGUUGGUAGUACCUUUAGCAGCGCGCCUUUUCCUUCCCAGAAAAUCUGCCAGUUCAAGGGUUAAUGGAGUAAAGAUUUUAACUCACUAAUUAUGCUGAGGACUUACUUAUGUAUGCUGUACCUGUGCUCAUAAUUACUGUAAAUUGAGGUUCCACUGUAUGGAAGUCAACUACAUGUGAUUGACUAUUUUCGAAUAACCCAUAUCACACUCAGUUUGCCCCCCAAAUUGUGCAUAAAUUAUUGUCUUUAAAUGCUCUUUGGAAAAUGCAGUACAUGUACUCGCAGGAGUAUUUGAAAACAAUGGUUUAUGCAAAAUUUGGGGGGGCAAACAGAGUGUUUUAUGGGGGAUUCAAAAAUAACAGAAUUUACAAUGUACAUGCAAGGAAAAGAAAAAAUCCUGUGUUAAAUUUCAGUUACCGGUAAUAUUAAGUUAAAUUAGCUUUUGAAUCCAGUGCAUACUAUUUAAUACAUGUACACACUGUACAUUGUAUAUAGGUCAAUUUGAUUUCAGGUUAAUUUUGAUUUAACCUACGUUGAUUCUCAAUUCCCUUUGUCUCCUAGCCCUAAUUAUCAUGAAUUAGGAAAAAGGGCAAAGGAAAUUGAGAAUCAACCUAGGUUGAAAAAAAUUUAACCUGGAAUUAAAUUUGACCUGAAACUUAUAUAGUGCUAAUAGUUGACACUACAGCUGCUCCCCGCUCUGUAUAUUGUCGGUCAAUAGUAUUCUUGCUCGUUGUGUAGCUCUUGGAAAUAUACCGAUUCAUAAUGAAGUUUUUCACACAUAUUUCAUACAAUAGGUGAGAUAAAUACAGGAAAUGCAAGGUUCCGUGCACAUUACAGAGCUUUGAUCAACACUAAUUUCUGUAAUCAUCUAUCCUUCUACUGGUGAUAAGCUAGCCGUUGUUCACUGGUCUUGCUUGUUUGGGGCUGAGUCUUAUUCUGGUCAAAGAGAGAGAAAGAGUGUCUGGCAAGGUUUCCAAUCACAGAUUUGACAAACUCUCCAAGUGUUUAUAUAUAUACACAGUUGUACGCACCUUAUGACCUUCAUCUGCGCUUAAUGAGAUUGAGUGUCUUUUGGUCCAUAACUUUCAAAACAACUACUCCACAGAUUGUUACUGAUAACACGUUUCGUAAAAGAGUAUCGAAGAAUUACUGCACAAUAAAUAAUUUAACCUCACAAAAUCGUCAUCCUAACUAUUUUGUACUUGUGGGCACAAACAAUACAAACGUCAUCAUUACCUACCGAUUCCUUGCGGCCCCUGUUCAAGCAAAUCGAGAUUUUUUCUGGUAUACUGACUGUAUAUAUCAACUGUAAGUACUUUUCUUAAUAAUACGCGUGAGUUACUAGGGAGCCUCCUCGGGAUUUCGCCUUCUGCGUGAAAUCCCUGUGGGGGCAAUGAUGUAUUUUCAUAGUUCAGUGCAGCAUGUAUUGUAUUAUGUAUAAUUGGUGUUUAUGUAUACAGACUGUGGUGUUCUUAACAUGUAUUCAGUGAUUUUGUACAAAUAGUUAUGGUGCGUCCUGGGACUCAUCUGGAGAAAGAUCAUGAGUCCCAGUCCAUAACAAAUGAGUCCCUGUUCAGAAAACAGUAAUAUUAUUAGUCGUUGGGUGUUAAUGUAGCCUCACAGUUAAUCUGAAGACAGACUCCAAAACUCUGUAUUACAGUUUGCUGAAAUAAUUUAAUAAUAUACUCCUUCAGAUUCAUCUAUAAUUGAUGGAUCUGAAGAUGUUUUUGCUGAAUAUCCUGUUGCAGUAUGGCUGUUCUUGUGGCUGUUGUUUAGUGACGCAUAUUUUGCAAAGAUUAAUUAUUUUACAUCUUCGGGGAUUUUUAUGCAUCAGGGAUGCAGGAUGCAGUGGUAUCAAAAUCACUGGUUGUUCUGAUUGAGAAAUGAUCGUGGUUUUGUUCUUGAUUUUUUUAAGGCAACUCUUCUUUACACCAGCCAGAAGAUGCUCAUCUUCCUCCAGAGCUGCGCAGGGCAGGGCUUAUGGCGCACAUUGACAUAGCGGAAGGGAAAUGUUUUGGACCAUUCAAUGGAAGAAUAGUUAGCAAGAUGAAAUCUCCGGACAAAAUGCACUUUUUAGUAUCUUUAGUAAGUUUAAUAUAGCUACUGCCUGUUACAGUACAUUAAUUUACAGUAUAAAUGUGAGAUAAUUAACUUCAUGUACAUGAAUUUAAAUAUAUUCAUUUUUCUUAAGUAUUACUGACAGUGGAAAUGUGCUUUAUGACUAGUUUUUUUUUCUCCCUGGGCCUUUGCUCAUUGGGAAAGAGAACUAAAUAAAAAUGUACCUUCCCAGCAGAAAAUCUUAUUUAUUAAUCCCAGAUGACUGGACAACUGUUGUUUAAAGCCCUACCCCUCCUUGCUCAUUAUUUUACAGUGCAAUUGAGUUUGUAGGUAUCAUAUUGUACUAUAUCUUUUGAUGUUUGUAUCUUUUUGUUACCAACUGUGCUUUUGCUGUUCAUGUAGGUUGGAGAUAACCAAAAGAAAUCACAUUAUUUCUAUGCCCACAAGGGUGAAAAAGACAAGUGUAGCUGGCUAAGUCGUUUACAAAGUGCAACGUCAAAAAGGGAGCAGAAUAUUGUGGCAUAUAACUCUUCCAAUGGGGUGUGCUUUGAAGCCAUUAAAGAUAUCAAGGCAGGUGAAGAACUGAUGGCCUUGUUUGAUUCAUUAAAAGGUACAGUUAUAGUAGAGAGUUAUUGGGCAAAAGUGGGGGAGAGGGAGAGCAAAAAAAUGAAAGAAGGUGGAGUAGGAAGUUCCUCUCCCCGCCCCCCCCCCCACAGGAACAUCCGCACUGCAACAGGAUAUUGUACAAAAACAUCUUCAGAUUCAUCAAUAAUUGAUGGAUCUAAAGAUGUUUUUGUACAAUAUCCUGUUGCAGUGCGGCUGUUCCUGUGGCUGUUGUUUAACGACACAUAUUUCUUUUAGUCUUGGUGGAGUAGGAAGUUCUCUCCCCCCCCUCCCUCCACCUCCGCUUUUAUUUCUUUUUUCUUUUUCUUUUUUAAUUUUGUUUUUGCUCUUGUAAUGGCUUUUUUGAUGAAUGGCUGCACACAGAAAAGAUUACUAUGGAGGCUACAGUGAGACUCUACCAAUCCUAUAAAUACUAAAAGUUUGUGUUGUUUAAUUAUUUGUUUUUCAGGGACUGCUAAAAAUAAACCAGCUGUAUCCUACAUUACAGAUGAAACUGGUAACCAGUUAGCUGUUCAGGUGGACCUAACAAGUGUCUGUGUUGAACCAUUCAAUGAGGGUGAUGAUGAAAACAUUGAUGUUGUCAAUAUGGGGACACAAGGAAGUGAUCGUGGUACUCUGGAGGGAGAAGACAAAACUGAUGAUGACAAUGGUGAUGAAGAGGAGGAUGAGGAGUAUGAGAUCGAUGAUGAUGAUGAUGAGGAGGAGGAGGAGGAGGAGGAGGAUGAGGAGGAGGAGGAGGAGGAGAAGGACAGUAUGAGGAUGACCCCAGUGAACACAACUGACGAUGAGCAUGAUAGCGAGGCUAACAUCAGUGAUGCUGAAGAUGUCAACUGGGGGAGUGCCCAGAAAAGAACGCGCCAGAAAAAGAGACCAAAGGUUAACCAAGUGACCACUGUUGAUGAUGAAGGUGGUGCAGGUACUUCUGUUGUGGCUUAUUUUUACCUUUAAUUUGAGUUUUAUCAGUUUUCUGACCUUUUAAGACUUAUCCAUGUUAAGUGUAUAGCAGGGCUGUCACUGAGAUUUCAACUUGCCUUUUAUAUGCUGUUGGUAGGAAGAUGGCGAGGUAGGUGGGGGAUUUGAACAGCUUGGAGGUUCUACUGGUACUGUUAAUUUUUCCCACCACUGGUUUCCCCACAAAAUGACGUCUGAGAAAUAACCACAGAAAUUCCAUACUCAUGACGUUUCAGCACCCAAAUCUGGGUAGUGCUUCUGAUUGGUUGUACCACUAGGGAAAUUGCUUCAACCAAUCAGAAGCACUACCCAGGUCUGCAUAGUGACACGUCAUGAGUAUGGAAUUUCUACAGUCAUUUCUCAGACAUCCUUUCGUGGGGAAACCAGUGUUGGUUUCACAAAGUUAAGGUUAGCUGUUUUGUAAGGCUAGGUCAUCAAAGGUUUGAUGUUAUUAGACCACAUCCUUGUGUCUACUUUUACCAACGUUUUGAAGACGAACGACUUUCACCCUCUACAUGUAACAAAGCAGCUUAAAUAAUGUCUGACUAUAGUUAAUAACAUUUUAGAUACAACCAAAUACUGUUGCUCUCAUUGUCUGGAGGAGUUCAUGGACAAAGAUAAAGCAGAAGAGCACUCAGCUUCCAGGGAAUGCCUUUCCAAGAAAUUCCAAUGUGAUACAUGUACAAUGGAGUAUAAGAAUGCCUCUUUACUUCAGAGACACAAGUGUGGAGGAAAGCCUAAGUAUGAAAGAUUUUACUGCAAUAAUUUUAAUAAUACAGUGAAUACAAUGAAAAUAGCAAUGGUGAUGAUGAUGAUAUUAAUAAGAAACAAAAGCUUUUUUAGUGGAGUUAAAACUCUUACUUCCCUUACAUUUUGUACAUGCUGAGUUAAAUUUAAGUGCAAUGAUUAUCUCCAAAAAAAAUGGUUUUCAAACAUUGCUUCAAAGUGGAAGCAGAUUCAAAGUACUUGAUACGAUUGGGUAAACUGUUCCAUGUUUUUGGUACAUACCUGUUCUGUGAAAUUGACACAGUGUUAACAAGAGGAACUUGUAAAAGUAAUCCAUGAGAUGAGCAGAGUAAACAAGGCGGUUGUAAUUUGAUAGGAAGUGAAGACAAAUAGAUGACUUAUAAUUUAAAUGAUGAUGAUGAUGAUGAUGAUCCCAUCUGUCAGCAGUAUCACAGUCAAUUUAAUUUGUUGGUCGUGAGUUUGAUUUUCACUGAGGUUCAAAGAUUUUUUUCUUUGCCUCACUUGACUCCCUGAUUCCCUUUUCGUGGGCUAAUGCUUAAUUGUUUUUUUCUGACAUCCCUUCUGCUUUAAUUCCCUGUGCUGUCCAGUCAUAAUAAAUACUGUCAACCAAUAAUAUUCACAGUAGUCCAUCCAAGCAAAAUAUCCUGUGCCUAGAGAUUGUACUCAUGAUUCUCUUUCAAGUUAAUGCAAAAAAGGGAACAACAAAUCAAGGAUCUGACAAACAAGGGAACGCCAAGUUGUCUAUUUGUAUGACAUAAUUUUGUUGUCUAAAGUACAUUAUACUUUAUAUUGAAGCUUGCAGAAGUUGACUUUUAUCCUGUUUUGUUUCUUUUAGUCAUUUCCGUUUUCUUUAUAGUGAAAGAGCCAGUUGUACAAUAUAGAAUUUAAUUGAACUGUGUUUGGUAGGUGUCAUGUUUGUGAUGAGGAGUUUGAGGAGCUGACACAACUUCAAGACCAUCGGAAUUCUCCUCCAACUGAUCACCAACCGAGGUAAGGAGAAGAAUUCUCUCAGGCUUUUGUGCAAACUACACCUACGCUAACAGUACAAAAUAAUUUUGAAGCAACAAUUGUUUCCGCAACAUCAAGAAACACUCCAGAUUUUACUCGCGUGUAUUCUGCGUGUAAGUCCAUUUUACACUGAACAUGCGUGUAAGUGCUGCAAUCCCCGUAGUCAGUACUGUCGCCCCUGAAAAACAACAGAAGAGCAUCCAAUUCACUCUUCGAGCGGACAGAAUACUAUGCUUUGUGGUUUUGAGCAAUUUUUUUUCCUGGGCCCGUAGUGUUUUGCUACCAAAGUAAGGGCAGAUUACCCUGGCUCCAGAGGUCUGUUCUCGAAAUGCCCAGGACAUAGAUAACCCGUGCGCGAGGUUUGAGAAAGCUCUCAGACUCUCGGUGCUGCUUCCCUCGCUGUCGCGGCUCCGCCACGAACUAUUAGGAAUUAGGGAGGAAAAAAUCUCUACCAUCCAGGGUAAGGGCAGGUGAAAAUAAGUGGGAAACACUUUAUCAGUCUUUUAAUGAGAACCAGAUCUCUGUGGCACUUCCCCUUCAAAUCAGCGGUCAGUGGAUACAUGUAUUUGGUUUUGUAUAUUGGUAUACAGCUGCAUGGUGCUGCGUCGGCACAGUAGACUUGUAGAUUAGAAGAAUUUUGGUAUUAUUACAUAAAAUUCAGUUUAAAAAAGUCUGGCUUAUUUAUUAUUCACUUAAAAUUCAGCGUGGCUGAGUGGUUAGAACUCCGGACUCGGGACUCGGAGCUCCCGAGUUUAAAUCCCAGGCCACGCAUGCCAAAGCAUACAAUGUACAUUGUACAAUGUAGGUCACACUCGUACUGUUAGUUUUAUUCAGUAUAGGAGAUUGUCAGUAACGCCUUUUACUAAAGUAAAACUACUUUGGUGGUUCUUUUCGCAGAUGCUUGAAAUGCGAUAUACAGUUUGAAAACCUCAACAUAAAAGUUAGGCAUGAGCAUACUAGACACGGCCCCCCUGAGAAUCAAGAAGAAUGCCCCGUCUGUCACAAGACCUACCAGAAAUCGUACCUGAAGGAGCAUAUCACGACCCAUAGCGAAAGCGAUGCAUUGAAAUGUCCUCAGUGCGGCAAAAAGUUUUCUUCGCGCAGUAAUUUAAACAAACAUCGUAAAAAGCAUCUACCGGGUUAUGUUCCGAGCUCGGGGCCGCCGCGGGAAAAGAAAUAUUGCUGUGUUGAAGAAGGAUGCGAGAAGAAAUUUCACUCUAAAAAGGCCUUGGAGGUUUGUGUGAUUAGUUAUAGCGAAAUUCGUUGUAUCGCGGUGUGCGUUUUGCAAACUUCGAGGCAAUUUUGGGUUUUUCUGUUCCAUCAAUCAUCUUAGCGGACCUCUUAGGAAACACAUGUUUACUUGCACGAGUUCAAAAGGUCAUGGUUUUUGAUUCGUGAUUGGUGGAUUUCGAUCCGUUUUGUUUGUUUCGUGUUUCAAGGUUCGUUGCUUUGUGAUCGUCCUGUUUCGGGCAAUAAUCGACGAGUUAAGUUUGCUUCGCAGACUUUUCUGAUUUUUCUUAUUCUUGUCACUUGCAAGAAUAAAGCAACCUCUGCCUCCUUCCUUCGACAAAAAAUCCACUCACCAUCGCGAUUUCCUUCGCUAUUCUUGAGCAGUCUAGAGUCUUUCUCAAUUAAGCUGGGCGAGCACGUUGCAAUGUGAUUUGUGUUAACCCUGGCUUCACUAAAAUGAUUGACGGAACAGAAAAACCCAAGUUUGCAAUACGCACAGCGCGAUACAACGAAUUUCGCUUUAAAGCUUUAAAAGUAUAGGGUUUCGCUCUUCCUUGAAACUAACCCCUCCCCAACUUGCUCGGUUCUCUGACUCAGAAAACUACUUGGGACGAAAGUACUGCCUUUGCCCUUCAGGCGGCUCGGAUGACCAAGUAGAAAUGGCGGUCCUGUCUCCAACUAGGAGACGUAAAACAGUGUCCUCAAUUAGUACUGGCGUGCUGAAUACAUAGCCAUAUAGUAAAUUAUGUUUUUUAGCGCUCAGGUGAAUGUAUUACAGGUAGGGGCAAAGAAAAGAACAUUUUUCUUAAAACGUUACAAUAACUUUGUACUCGACAGUUGGAGGUCUAAAGCUACCCUAUAACAGUUGCACUAUAAAAAACAAAAACCAAAAUUAAGAACAGCGCACGUGCAGUAAUUGUUUAUGAACGUGUAGAACUGUUUUUUUUUUUUUAAUGAAAUUCGGAGAAAAAAGAUCCAGCUGUUCAUGGACGGCGACAGCAGCCACAGUUCAUUCAGCUAAACUGUUGUCGUUACAUGAAUUUCCACAGAGUCACCAACGAAGCCACACUGGAGAAAGGCCUUUUCAUUGUGAACAGUGUUCUUGGAAAUUCACUCAAAAGACGCACCUAACACGGCAUAUCAAGAGUGUUCAUGACAAAGUUCCAAGGUCAGAGCAGUCAACGGGACGCUCGAAUCUCCCCGUAAGGUGUGAAACAUGUAACAAGAUUUAUGUCAACAGUCGCGUGUUAGCAGUUCACGUACAAUCAGUACACCAGGGACUGAGGCCUUACAAAUGUGAAUAUUGUGAUGCAACCUACACUCAACGAGGUAAAUAAUUUAACUGGUGAUAAGCCAGCUUCUCAACAGUUAAGUUUCUCAAGUUUCAGAACAUUGCAGCUUGAUCUGAAAGAUUUGUUUUACAAUACAAUACAAUACAAUAACUUUAUUUAAAGAGGGAAGCGCAAUAACCUUUUACAGUUUUCUAACCUACGGCCCUCAAAAAAAUAGAUAAAUAGAUAAAUAAAUUUAGAAGACUAAAACAAAUAAAUUUAUAAAUAUGUAUAUAUAUAUAUACACAAAAGAGACAAUAUUUAAAGUAGAAUAGGCUAGGCUAGGUUUUAGUGGGUAUUGUUGUUUGAGUAACGAUUAACCAGCUUAAAACACGAACGUGAUGGUAGAGUACGAGUAGUGCCCAUUUCUCCUUAGGGAUAGUAGAGCGAGCGAAACGCGAGCGCGCGUGAAAAUCAACCUACGUGAGAAAAGCGAGACGCGGUGGCGAGAGAGGAAAAUCAACGCGUCUCGCUUUUCUCGCGUGGGGUGAUUUUCACGCGCGCUCGUGUUUCGCUCGCUCUACUAUCCCUGAGGAAAAAUGGGGACUACUAGUAGUCUAACGUGAUGGUUGGUCAAGUGAUUUCGGGCUCGAUACAAUUAGAAUAAUGAAUAGAACAGCAAGAGAGGUUUUGAAGCCACUUAAAAGUUGAAGAGGAACCCAGGGGCCAUGGAGCAGGGCUUAGAGGGGGGGACUAAUCAGCGCCUGUUAAGGUGACCAUACUAGGGAAAUUCCGGGACAUGCUCCCCUGGGAACAUUUUAAAUCUAGCUGAUCUGAAAUUGCCAUAAAAUAUGAGUCUAAAACUAUUUUGGAUAAAUAAAGGUAACUUCGCGUUCCAUUUUUAAGAACCUUCUUAGACUUCACUUAAGCCCUGAGUAUAAUUUACUUACGUAACUGAGUUCCUUUUAAAGGGACAGGUUCAUGGUUCAGCGCAUGCUCAUUUAUCAAAAUGCUGUUUUUCUGCCGGGACAUGCUGUAUCGUCUAUGCAAGCAAUAUGAUCAUGUCAUAAUGUUGUCAAAGAAUCAAUCUGCACACUCCCCUGGCAGUCACUUGCACUUGAUCAACUUAAAUAUUUGCAAAUAGCUGUAAAUUAAUCAACCAUGGAAUAAAACCUUCCGGUCAACAAUAACUUCAACGAAAAUGAAGAAAUGAUCGUCGCAGUGAACGCAAUUUAUGCAAUUGCGUAAAGAAGCCUGAAAAAAAUUCAGGACUUCAACGGGGUUUGAACCCGUGACCUCGCGAUACCGGUGUGAUGCUUUACCAACUGAGCUAUGAAGCCACUGACGUUGGGAGCAGACGUCAGUGACUUCAUAGCUCAGUUGGUAGAGCAUCGCACCGGUAUCGCGAGGUCACGGGUUCAAACCCCGUUGAAGUCCUGAAUUUUUUUCAGGCUUCUUUACGCAAUUGCAUAAAUUGCGUUCACUGCGACGAUCAUUUCUUCAUUUUCAUUUCAUUUCCGCCGUUCAUAUAUGAUUUAUUUCAUAUACAUCAUUAACAAUGAAUUCAGCGUUGGUAGUGUUGGCAUAAUCCACUAAUUUUUUUCUUCGAUUUUAGUACUCCUCCAUCCUACAUCAGGUUCCUCUAAAAUACAAUUCUACUUUGAAAUACACUCUGAGAUCGCUGAGAUACAUGUGAGUGGGAUUAUUAACCGAUAGAAUUAAUAAUAAAUUGGAAAGAAGUAAUUGAACUAAUGAGCAUGCGCUGAACCGUGAACCUGUCCUUUUAAAGUCCUUGAGUAUAUUCACAGUCAACUCCUCUAAGAAGGACACCUUUGGGAGUGGCACUAAGUUUCCGUCUAAGAGCGAGGUGCAUCUUAUAGGGAGUAAAUUAAGGUAAAGAAAGGUAGGGACAACGUUAGGUGUCCGUUUAACCGAGGUGUCCAUCUUACAGAGGUGUCCGUUAAGAGAGAUUUGGCUUUUAAUAAUUUCUGUAGUCAUAAUUUACGCAGGCCCCUUGUUGAUACCAGCCAUUGCUGAUAGGGCCAUUCCGCCUAAAUAAAAUUGACUAGUCUUGACUUGACUUGUAGGUCACCUGUGGCGCCAUAAGCACGCUAGCCACUUCGAUAAAGAUGAAGUUCAGAAGAAGUACACAAGCGACAAAUUCCCUUGUUUUUUCGAUGGAUGCGAACAAACCUUCAACUCCCAGCCCGAAUUAGUUGAGCAUGUUCAGACCCAUGAGGGGACGUCAGAUAAGCCUUGCAUGUGUAAAGAAUGUGGAGCGACGUUUGUUUCGUCCCAAAAUCUGUCCAAACAUACGAGACGAAGGCACACAGACCAUACUGGCCCCCCGCCCAAGGGUCACAGGUGUGAAAAGUGUGAUAAAAUAUUCUUCACCAGCUAUCAGCUCGUGGUACAUUUUAGGUAAGAGCUUCCAUACCAUGGUAGACUUCUGGGGCUGUUACUGAAGACAGUGCAGUGAUUUUGUUACAAAUAGUUGUGGUGAGUCCUUGGACUCAGAAUGUGAAAAAUUAUUAGUCCAAGUCCAGAACCAUCAAGUCCCAAUUCAAAAAACAACGAAUCCAAAUCUGAAAAUGCUUGGGCCUUUAUGUAACCAGACAGUUAAUCUGAAGACAGUCCCCAAAACUCUGUAUUACACAGGGCUCGAAAUUGCGAAUGAUACGGUCGCCAGUGUGACUAACAUUUUCUCCUUGGCGACUAAAAAUUCUGCUUUAGUUCGCCAAAGUGGCGAACAUUUCAUCUUAUCUUGCUUUGCGUUCAUCAUAAACAAAGCCACCUUACCUCUAAAUUUAUACCGACUUCUAUCCAUGAUAUUUGCAAAUCUGAUGGAUCGCGCCAUACUAUCAGGCUGCUUCAUUUACAUUAUACAAACUGGCGACUAUAUUUUUCCAGUUGGUCACCAAAAGGCGACCCAAGGAUUUUUUUAAUUUCGAGCCCUGUUACAGUAUACUGAAAUUAAAAUGUAGCCCUUCUAUUUAAAACACAACAAAGGCUAAAUGAAAUAUGCAUCGUUCAACAACUGCCAUAAUAACGGCCACAGUAAUGAACAGAAUACUUCUAUAAUAACACAUGUGCAGGUCAAUCGAUCGAUCUUUGCGUCCUACGGGAUGCAUGCCUUGAAAUGUUUUGCGUCUUUGAUUUUUGUGUCAGGGACGCAGGACGCAGAGGUAACAAAAUCACUGGGACAGUGGAAAAUAUUUUCCAAUAGCUGACCGCCGCGUCCCUCAGUAGCGAUCCAAGUAGUCUUUGGGCUUGUUAAUUUGGUCAAGUUUCUUUCUCGUUUCAAGUGCGUGUUAAAUAAAAAAUAUAUAUAUCUAAAAUGUCUAAUGAGUUUCUUCAGAUGGGACAAAAAAAAUUGCCCUUAUUUACAUACAGUUUUGCCGUCAAUUUUCUGCUGCAAUAGAACACGAAUUAACAAGGGUGGUAAAUAAAUGAAAAUUCAGUUUAAUUUCUUUUAUUUCACCAGGUCAAUAGAGUAAUUAGCAGUUCUCACAGCCUUGUCUGUAAUUUAUGCUAUGCAGAAAAUUAGCAAGGUUAUAAAAUACAACCAUAACUAACUUUCUUUCUUACAGAUGCCACACAGGGGAAAAGCCAUACAAAUGCGACCUUUGCGGGAAAGAUUUUGUGCAAAAGUCUGGUCUGAGGAAACACAUCAGGUAGGUAACGGCUACUCUUUCUCGAAAAAAAAUUGUUGAAUUAAAUACUAAGAGUAAAAAAAGAUCAUCACAGUUAUAGAUGCAACUUUUGCAGUUACUCGAUCAAAUCAUUUUUGUUUGGAUAGUCGGUCAGACGAUUCGUAAGGUGGUCUGUUCGACGGUCCUUUCUGAUUCGUCAGCCGGUCCUUUGUGUUGACGGUUUGUCAGUCAGCCAGUCAUCAGUAAGUCAGACAUUCAAUCAGGUGUUCGGCCAGUCAGUCAUCUAGUGUCAAAAUUAAUCAUUCAGUAGGUCAGCCAAAAACCUAGGCAGUACAGAUAAAGUGGCGUUUGUGCGCAGGUUCGUACACGAUAGCGCUUUUCAGAAAUGUGAUUAGACGAACACACGGAAAGAGAACUUAACUUAAGAGUGUGAUCCAUUCCGUUAAUCUGGGACGCAUCGAGCAUUAAGGUUAGAUCGAAUUUUAGCAGUUCUUUAGUCAACGAAUCAGUCAUGCUAACCUUCUUUCCUUUAUUUUUCUUGUCUUUCCAUUUCUCCUUUGCGUACGCUUGCCUGCUUUGUCAGUCAGUCAGUCAGCAGGACAAGCAGCUUAUCAUUCUGUCAGUCAGUCAGUCAAUCAGUCAGUCUGCCUAGCACUCAGUCAGUCGUCAGGAAGUCAGUUUGUUAAUUAAUCAAUCAGCCGGUAUAAUAUCAGUCCCUCAGCCAAUCAGUGAGUAAGUCACAACUAUCAAAUAUUCAAUCAGUCGAUCAAUUUAAUUAAACAAACGAAACAACAAACCUAUCAAGUUACUAUUUCGAGCUACAGUCAAACCUGUAUUAAGCGGACACCCUCGAUGCUGUAGUGUCCGCUUAAUACAGGGUGUCCGCCUAAUACAGGUUUCGAUAGAUAACGUCAUAUGAGAUGUCAAAUGCCAUUGAAAUGAACAGUGGAAAUGUUAAGAAUACUCCCAGAGACUUUGACGAUAUACGUUUAAAUUAAUUUCUUUAUCAAAGUGGACCAAUUGGUCAUAGUACCAUAAACAUAGAUUGCAACUCAGAUUUAAAGAAAUCAGAAAAGUGAAACAAGCUCUAUACAAACAAAACGAAAUAGAAAACAAUACUGUCUGUACUGUACUGUGAAACUAAUCAAAUAAGUUCGUCUAGUCUCGGUUUUUUUUAAAUGUAAAAAUGGAAAAAGUUGUGGGUGGCAGUUCGAGGUAACCUUUCGCAUUUCCGGUGUCUGGCAUGUUGGGUAGUGAAAUUUGAUUACAAGUGUCCGUUUAAUACAGGUUGGCAACAAUAGAAAUGACUAUUUCAGGUACUUUUUAGGUGUCCGCGUCCGCUUAAUAGCUAGGUGUCCGCGUAAUAAAGGUUUCGUUUAAAGUAAAUAAGGGAAAUAAAUUUUGGGACUUCGGCUACUGUCCGCUUAAUAGAGGGUGUCCGCUUAAUACAGGUUUCACUGUAGUUCAAGCAAACUGAGUUCCUUUCUUCCGUGCAAUUUUCAGGUGUAAACGCUGUCCGAUGGUUGAGGGUCGCCCUAAUAACCCGAGAAGUGCCAAGAAGUAUGCGUGUGAGCACUGCGACAAAAUGUUCCCAGGUCCCUCGGACCUAAAAGCUCAUGUACGGACCCACACAGGAGAAAAGCCAUAUGCGUGUAGCGUGUGUCAGAAGGGAUUCAGCCAGCCUGGCAACCUUACUAAGCAUAUCAGGUGAGUGUGUACACGGAGAGAAGGCCUACAAUGUAAAUAUGCGACGUAUGUGUGAGAGCACCUGCUUUCCACCAAUGUGGCCCCGCUACGUGGAUGCGCUACCUCUAAAUAAUUUUUGAUGCUAUUCACUUCUUUAUAUUCACAGACCUCCCAGUGAGGUACUCUUGAGUAAGACGUCUCCCAUUCUUAAACUUUCAUCAUUACUGCUUUCUGAAUCCUACAUAGCCAUAGGGUGUGGGAAAAGCAUGCUAGCCAAAAUGUAACAGUCUGCGGUCUCUUACAGCAACAAUGAAACACGGAAAUCAAUGAAUGCUUUUCAUUCAACGAGUUACCCGUCGCUUAGUUUCCCACUUAAGUCUUGGUUUAGAGACCCCACUAUUCCUUCGCUUUGACGAUUCGCUCUGGCUACCUCUCGAAACCUUUUUUUUCUUUUUUUUUUUUUUAAUCUUUUUACGGUGGUAAAUACGCCGUACGUGACUCCUUAUCGAAUUCUUAAUUCUUCCUUUGAUGAACAAGCAUAUUCAAGGCAAUUAAAAGGAGAAUCUAGCAUUUUAGCGGAAGCCACUUAAGGUCCUUUUCGUCUCGUAAGUCAUCUUUGCAGUUAUUUUGUACGCUCUUGCCUUCCCCACGCUCACUGCUCAUCGAAAAAAGUGUCUCCUUUAGUAGAACAUUGCGUGGAUGACGACAUGUACAUGUCAAUACCAUGGGUGUGACACAUUGUGUCCCCCUCCCCCCUGAAAAAUCCAAGCUUCGCCCCUUGAAGAGGUUUGUCAAGACAUGUUGUAAAACCUGGAACUCCGAAACAAACUUCGGAACACUCCGUUCUUUCGAUUUGACAUAUUUCUACGUGGACGUUGCGGGGUGUUCCGGUGUUCCUGCGGUGCUUACCAUUUACACAAACCACCCGAGUGGAAAUCUUGGACAUAAAAAUAAAAUAAAAUUCGUGGUGGGAGAACGACCCGCUACAAUGUAUAUCCAAAACAGCUGAACAGACUAAAAGAGUAGAAGAAAUUACAUCUCCUGAAAUCACAGCUCUUGUUUUCUAAAGCCCCCCAAACCGAAUGGGGUGAACCAUAUGAUUUUCCAACCAGAAUGCGGCUUAUUAAAGACUUACUCAGUAACUUUUGUUGAAUGUUUAAUCAGGUAUGUGCACAACAAAGAACAGCGGCCCAAAGAGAAGGAGCGAGAGAAGAAAUUUUUCUGCAGUCUCUGUGGCAAAGCCUUCCUUUGUCCUAGCAGUUUAGCUAUGCACUGUCGCACACAUUCAGGUGAUAAACCGUACUCGUGUGAAAAGUGCGGUCAGUCUUUCGCUCAGGCUGGAAAUCUCAAGAAGCACUUCAAACGCUGGCAUAACGACGAUGCUGAAGCUAGACCAAGGUAGGUGACUGCGGGUCGCUUUCAACAAGCGCUUUAUGAUUGGCCAAAACAAUCUCACGCCAUUCUCUUAGCCAAUCUGAACUAGAACUACAGUAGUGUCGUAUAGUCCCUUACGUAGCCGUUUACUGUCUUAUUACGCAACGCCUCUUCCCAAAAAUUCUUUUGACGGAGAACGUGUCAUGACGAGACAAAUAACGGCUGUUUUGGCGCCUAUGCAGAGUUUGCCUGCUCGCACUGUAGAGUAGGGUUGUAAUCGUGUACUUUUUUAGUUGUUAAUGAAGCCUUCUUAAUGCCGAUACCUAAAGGUCAGAGCCAAGUAUCCACACCAAAUAGGUGUCUUUAGAACGCUGGACAAAACAAAUCAACGCUUACCUUCUGCUGCACAAAAUUCACAAGCAAUUUAAAGCAAUCGCCUCAUAAAUUUGGAUUUUGAUUUGGUUGUUAGUAAUUUUCUUCUCUCUUCCUGCCUAUAGAAGAAAGAAGGGGAAAGGAAAUAAAUCGACAAGUGGAACAACUCUACCUGAAGCUGGGACAAGUUCGGAGGUUCCUCAAUCUGAAGCAGCUGGAGCACCAAACCCCUCUUCUCUUCCUCCCCGUCAAACUGGUAUAGAAGAAAAUGCAGAGACGCCUGGUGACACGCCUCAUGUCCAGACGUCGCAAAGCAACAGUACCGCUGACGCUCAAGUCUCGUCGUCCACCUCUGUACCAGGCUCUGUCCCUAGCUCUCAGCCAUCGGCGUCGCAAGUCGGUCAAACGUCUUGUACGCCUUUGAACUCACCAAGCAACCUCUAUGUAACAAGGCCGCUGAACCCAGGCGUCACCACUUCUUCCGCAGCUCAAAGAAUCCCCGUCUUGUUUGGUUACGUCGCCCCCUUGGAUACCAACGCUGUGCAAAAUUCCCAGCCACCUCCAUCUACAGUGAGAAUAUCGGGUGAUUCGAUGCAUCAAAGUAUGCUCACGGGGCCCCUGAAUACCCCACCCCUGCCGACACAGGGCGGAAAUCCGGCCUCUAUGUCCGCCCAAGAGCUCCAGCAAGUAGUGAUCUCGAGGAUGCUUGCUUCCGAGAGCACAGACAACCCAUUCGUGCCUCUAAACGUCUCCGGGAUUUCCUCUAAUCAGCCUCCGAGACCCCAUGUCCUACUUCCCCACGUACAUUCCCUCCUCAACCCCUCUGGUGUCAGUUCCUCCUCUUCCUCUGGGGGAGAGGUGACAGUGUGGCCGUUUUCUCCUAACAACAAUUUGUUCUAACAGCAAUACAACAAAAUGGGUGUGCGAAUCAAAUUCAGCCCUUUUUGUUUAACCCGUUAAACCCUAAGAUCAAAAUUUGAAUUCUCAUUUGUUGCCCCUAUUCAUUUCUUACCAAAGUAGUGGGGAGAAGUUGAUAAAAAAAAUCAAGCAAAUUCAUCUCGUGUGACCAUGUCCGUAAUUCUCAUGACCACUCUGUUUUACAAAGCAUUGACAAUACAAGGAGGAAUUUGAUGCUGAUCACUCUUAGGGCUUAAAGGGCUAACCCUUGGAUGGACAGGCACAUGGUGAACUUUAUUUACACUUAGUGUCUCUAGGUCUCAUUUUAAAAGCCUCAAUAGUUUCUGUUUAUAAAAAUCACUGGUUCAUCGAACAUGAUGAUGAAUUGUGUUGAUUCUAAUGCAAAUUCUCCUCAUUAGUUACAUUAGAAAUAAUUAUAGAGUGUUAAGAAUCUACCUAUUGGUGUUAAGGCGAGGUAUUAAUAACAUAAAGGGCGUUACUCAGAGGGACUUAGAUAAAAGCGAGUCUCAUUCUUAAACCUUUUUAUUUUUAACUGACAUCACAAGGAGCGGCAAGGAAACAGCGUUUUAAAAUAUGCUCGUGAAAUGCGGCGAAAAAACGCGUGAGCUUGAAGCAAGACUAGAACGCCUUUUCUUUCCUUUUACCAGUGUUUUACCUCUUUUCUGUCGCUUUAUGACAUUUUAAAUAACGGAAAUGUCGUGAUUAACUUAGCCAUAGUUUGAAAAUCGUGUGUGUUUAAGGCGUUUUAUGGUUGACAUGACCCGUGCAAAGUGCGAGAAAGUCACGCGUGUCAACGCACCUCUGUCAGUCACGUUUUGCAGGGUUUCAUUCCAACAGCAGCUCUAUUUUACAACGGAAGCACAACUUGUUGCUGGAUAUGGUAAAUAUAUACCUUCUUUCUUUGAAUACUGAGAAGCUUAAAGAUUAGAUGAUACUACGUCUGUAAAUGGGAGGGUCCUGUUGGAUGUGUGCCUUGUAACGCAAACUUUUUGCGUGUAUUAUUCAAGGUCUUUCAAGCGCUGAUAUUGAUUAAAAAAAUUUAUGAAUGACUUUUGCACAUUUGCAAUCCUUUACAUGGUACGAAAAAAGCGAGUGAUUUUGUGGCUGAUGCCUCUUCAAAGAAGCCUUAGAUCUGAUUUUAGAUGAAUUAUACAAGUACAUCCACAGGUAAAAACAGCUUACCUUACUUAAAAUGUGUGUUACGUCUCUCCUGUGUGGUCCACGGGCCGAUUUAGGGCCGUUUUAUGGGUUUUUAUGUAAACGGAUUGCUCUCUAUAUAAAGGUCAGAAAGGUUUACCAAGGUUGGGCACUCCAGCGAAGUGGCCCGACCGAUCCACCGAAGGAAAACGGCCGUAUAUUUUGCUCCAAUCGCCUCCAAAUUCCGCCUAGGUAACACACGAUAGUUCUUCUUUCAAUUCGUUAUCUUGCUUCAAGACUCCUUUGCACCGAGAGCGAAUCAA